GUUUUCCCUCCAUUGCUUAGAAAAAUUUAGGGUUUUGAUGUAGCAUGUUAUUUGUAUUAGAUAUAAGAAGAUAAGAAGAUACUCUUUAGUGGAAAGAAGACACUAACCACUAGCUAGGCAUGAAAAGGUGAAGAGAAGACUAUAUAAGGAGGAAAAUCGGCAUACAAGAUAUGAACAAGAAUAUUAGAUGCCAUAUUUGUUUUCAACGGAAUUAGAUGCCAUCAUACUUUAUUUUUUUAAUAAGCAUAAUAUGGGUAUUAUAUUUAUAAAUGUUCCAAGAAAGCCUAACCAAGCAAACAAGAGAAGAGAAGAGUUAGCAGCUAGAUUUUUCUACUGAGUACUGACUUAUAUAUAAGUAUCAUCACCUUCAUUGAACUCACACAUGGCAUAUUAAUUCUUCUUUAUAUAUAGAUAUGGAUCAUAUGGUCUAGUCGAGAAAAUAUUGUGGAGUUGGUACUGCAAUUAAGUUCUUCUGCAAACAAUAUAUAUAGUGUAUAUCUAUUCACAUGGGAAAUAAUCUUCCCAACAACGUGGGAACAAAUAUCGGUAUCUCAAUUACUAAAAAAGAACGUUACUUACAAGAAGAAAAGUCUGAGACAUGGUAUAUGUCAUUCUGCAUAGGUUCGUCAGAUGUCUUAUCCUACUUACAGACAACAUAUGACAAAGAUGGUCUCCUCAAGCACAUAUAUAUCUAUUUCUCCAAACCUAGAUUUAUUGGUUUAGUUAUAAGAGCUGAAAACAAUCGUCUUCAACAAAUUAAUACUGAUUUAUUCGGAACUUUUUGUCCCGGAACUAAUUUUGUUAACGAGACUAAGAAUCGGUGGAAUGGUGUUACAAAAACGAGUGUUGCUUACAAUUGGAGUGAAGAUGAGGGGAGUCUUGUUGUGGUGGAGCAGAAGAGAAAGAGCGGGUUUAAAAUGCCUUGUGUAGUGACGGUAGCAUACUACUACGCCAUUAAUGCUCAACGUCGAAAUUACUUUAUUCUUCAAAAAAAAUAUGAUGUUGGACUUUCAAUAACAGUAGAUAUUAGAUUGGUAGACAAUGUUUUGGAUCUUUCGUGGAAGGGCCCUUCGGAACACCCUUCUUUUGCAUUGUUUGAAAUGUUUAGACAAAUCUCUAGAACAUGGACUUGGAAGUGGACGGCAUGCCCUCAUUGUGCUGCUCAAACUCAUAUACAACAAUUUCAGACCGAAACAGAGAAUGAUGAUGAAGAAAGUAACUAUCUUCAACAGCCUAGACAAAUCGUGAUGGGAGGAAAUAUUCUUGCUAAUCAAGGUGUAAUUAAGGGCAAUAAUAAUGGUAAUUUCUUUGUAAAGCAACUUAAUAUCCUUAGAGGAGGGUAACUCUAGGACGUACUUUUUCUUUCUUUUACUACAUACUGAUGUUUAUCAACAUCCAUGGUAGAUGUAAUCUACCCUGCCUUAUGCUUAGUUAGUGUGAUUGAGCUCAAUAUGUGCUUAUGAGUUAGUUGGCUUGCUUGACUUGUAAACUCCUAUAUAAGGGUUAGUCCUUGUAUUGCAUGAAUAGAGAUCACACUUUUACUCCUUA